GUUGCUUUCAUUUUUGAACCAUUAUGGAAAAAUCUGUCAAGACGCUCUGAACUGUUAUUAGCACAUAUUGUGCUUCACCGAAAGCUAUGCAAUUUGGUUGCGAAGAUGUUCAUGAUUCUUGAAGUAGUUUAUAGGAAAGGAGUAGAAUGA